AUGGAGGAAGUAAAGCUUCUGAAAUGGGUACAAAUGGUUCUUCUCAGGUGCUUUGAAGGAGGUGAAUUAGUUAUCCCUCUUCUUGUAGAAGACCCUUUAGCUACCCCUCCUAUUGCUACUCGUGCACCUUCCAUUACACUCCCCCCUACCUUUCGCCCCCUCCUCACCAUUAUUGAGACCACCAAAGAUUCCCUGUCCAUGACCUCUGAGGCGGGGUUACCUUGCUUGUCGGACCAAGGCAGCGAUGGUUGUGAUGAUGAUGGCUUGGUGAUAUCUGGGUAUGGCUCAGGGGAAACCUUUGACUCUAACCUGCCCCCUACUGAUGAUGAAGAUUUUUACACCACCUUCUCCUUGGUAACAGAUAAGAGUCUUUCCACUUCAAUCUUCGAAGGUGGCUACAAAGCACAUGCGCCCAAGUGGGAAUCCAAGGACUUUAGACCUAACAAAGUCUCCGAAACUAGUAGGACUACUACCACAUCUUUGUCCCCUGAGCUGAUCCGCUUCACAGCUUCCUCCUCGUCUGGGAUGGUGCCCAAAUUGCCAGCUGGCAAAAUGAAUAACCGUGAUCUCAAACCCCAGCCUGAUAUAGUCUUGCUUCCGUUGCCCACUGCCUAUGAGCUAGACAGCACCAAACUGAAGAGCCCACUAAUUACUUCCCCCAUGUUCCGUAAUGUGCCCACAGCAAACCCCACGGAGCCGGGAGUCAGACGGGUUCCGGGGGCCUCAGAGGUGAUCCGGGAGUCGAGCAGUACAACAGGGAUGGUCGUCGGCAUUGUGGCUGCUGCUGCCCUCUGCAUCUUGAUCCUCCUGUACGCCAUGUACAAGUACAGGAACAGGGACGAGGGGUCCUAUCAAGUGGACGAGACGCGGAACUACAUCAGCAACUCGGCCCAGAGCAACGGCACGCUCAUCAAGGAGAAGCAGCAGAGCUCGAAGAGCGGCCACAAGAAACAGAAAAACAAGGACAAGGAGUAUUAUGUGUAAAAACGACACCGCCAAUCAUUACGUGAAUUUAUGACACAGAAUUAUUUCUAUAGAAAUCUAUAAAUACUUGGAAAACGAGGUUUCACAGAUGUCAGAACUGUUACAACUAUGAGAUGGGGUGUACCUUGACCAUGGUGGGGAAAACCAUUUUUAAAAGGACACACACAAAGAUGUACCUAAAACGUUCAGCCAUGGCUGCUUUGAUUCAGUCAUCGCUCGGAGACAGAACAUUCUUUCUGCCCUGCUGUAUCAUAAAGCACACACUUUGCGCUCUGGAGCAACCAGAUGGCUCCCCCACUUUCGCGGACUUGGAAGCUUCCUUCUCUUGAGGACUUUUCACCCAAGGUAGAAGACUUCAUGGCUUACUUGUUCCAUAACUCCAAGUGAGUCUGUAAUGAUGUUUGUGAAGCUUGACUGUAACAAUCUGUAACAAUGUUUUCUUUUUUCUUUUUUUUUUUUUUGGUUUAAUUUUUUAAAAAAAAAAAAAAAAAAAAAAAAAGAAAAAAAAAAAGAAAAACAAAAGCAAACAAACAAAAAAACCCACCCUUAUCUGGUUUUGGCCAGUGUAUGUGUAACUUUUCAAGAUCUGAGGGGAAAAAAUGGCUUUUGGGUUUUUGUUUAUUUUUUGAGAAUGACUGGACAUAAGAAGAAAAAACAAACAAAAAACUCAGAAAACAAAAAUAAGAGAGACUAUUGCCAUAUGAACUCAAAAGCUACCAUGGUGUUCACUCUACAUAUCAGGUUGUGGUAUUUCUAGAAUCUGUUGUUUGUUUCCUAUACGAUGCUUUGCUGAAACACAUAGCAAAAUCACAUGAUGGAUGAUAGUAUUGAUUUGAAAAGCUGGUCCCUCAGGAUCUAAUUGCAGAAUUUGCCACCCAAACCCUGAAUAGGUGGGGUUAGGGCUGGUUUUAUUAGAGCUAUUGGCUUUACUUAACAAUAUUGUUCCUGUUCAUUAGCCCAGCCAAAUUGUGGUAAAGGAGAAAGCCCCACAAACUAACACAGAGCCUUUCCUAGGGAAGGUGAAGAGGGGGUGGGCUGGAUCUGCGACUGAUUGAAAUGCAUGCAAAUAUAAAAAGAUGAGACAAUACUAAUCGUCUGUUAAAGAAUCAAAACAGACAAUAGGGGAGUUCAAUGUGUGAUGGAACAACAAAAGGUCACACAAGCCAAACAUGGCAUGACAGAGUGCAAAAUACAUAGUUCUUCCCCCACCCCCAACAUGAUGUUUUUCAUAGUGGUUUAAUUUUGUAGCCUGACACUUACAGAUAACUCUGUCCUUCCAUUUGCUCACAUCUCCCUUCACCCAUCUUUUCUAAAAACAAAUAAAUAAUAAAUGAAUAAAGCUGCUGUGACACACAAAAAAAGGAAUUUAAUAGUAUAAUAUAUAUAUAAAUAAAUAUAUAUACAGAUAUAUUUAUCAUGGUAUGUUUGAUGGGAUGACUGAAACAGGAAAACUGUUAAAGUCUUGAAGUGGAAUGAGAAUGUUGUUUUAAAAGAAAAUAACAAAACAACAAAAAGUAAACCUUAAAAUGUGAAGAAAGUGUGAGUUUUAGUUUUGUCACAGUUAACUGUGUCAAAGAGAAUAAACAAUCUUCUCAGAUUUUGUUUACAUAUUUUACUACAUUUUUGCUGGUAUAAUUCCUUAGCCACCUAUGUACAUACUGCUUUAAGAACUGUUCUUUCCUUUCUAUUUGUUUAUUUCCGUUUGUUUGGUUUAUAUUCCAGUUGUAUGUCUUUCUUUUUGAAAAGAGGAAACAAUGUACAGAAAAACAAUAAACUGGUUGUGUGGCCAUAGCUAUCCAAAAAGCAAGAGACAAAGCAAGACAAAUAUUCACACAAAAAUGAAGUAUGUCUUCUGGAGGGUAGGAUAUAUACAAUUUCUUUUGUACAGAUGAAAAUCAAUCAGCUGUUUAGAUUUAGAAAUCUACUCUUGCUGGUCUUUGUAAGUUGCAUGAAUAUUUGACUUUGAAAAAUACCUUAAAGACAUGGGGCAAAAAGCGCAAUCUAAACAAUGGUAGCCUUUACUAAUGUGUAUGGAAAGAGGUGUUCCUCAUUAUCUGAUAUUUCAAUGUGUUAAGAGUUUUGGAUUUUUUUGUUGUCAUUAAAAAUGACAGGAUUAUAAAGAGAUAUCAAAGCACGAUUUUAGAUAAAUGGCCCAACCUAUAUGAAGUUGAUUAUAUCUCGAUGUCUGUAAAAGAUUGCUGUUUUUGGAGUCUUGAGGUCUUGUGAACUGAUUUCCUGCUUUCUUUCUUUACAUUUUUUUUAUUUGAGUAAAAAUACAUUUGUUAUAUUCCUUUUAGUGUAAGUUUCUAUUUGGACAAUUUUAUGGGAACAUGUGCAUUCUGUAUGUGAGCUUCUAUCAUAUUCCUGUUGUUUUAUGAGCAGACUCUUAAGGAAUUUAUUUUAUGAUGUUGUGAAGUUACUGCUUUUUCUUUUUCCUUUCUCUUUUAGUUCAUAUUUGCAUUUUCGUUCAAGGAUAUGCUUAGCAAUAAAAUGUUCUU